GUUUAAUGCCGACACUGUUGGGCCUUGUCAGUUCAAUAUGGGGAUGUUAUAGGUACUGAAUGAAAAUGUAUUGGGAAAAAUUAAAUGGACUUAUUUCUUCUUUUCAGAUUGUAACCAUGAUCGCUGUCGUGGCAGUAGUGUGCCAGGCCGCUGAACACCACCACAAAGUGGCCAUCUCGUCGCAGCACAUCGAACGCCACGAUGUCCCCGCGCAUCCCCCUAAGGACUUCCACCAAUACGAUGGUCACGCGAAGUACGAGUUCGAAUACAAGGUGCACGACGCCCACACCGGCGACAUCAAGCAGCACCACGAGUCCCGCGACGGGCACAAGGUGGAGGGCGCCUACAGCCUGCACGAGCACGACGGCUCCGUGCGCACCGUCAAGUACCACGCCGACAAGAAGACCGGAUUCCAAGCUGAAGUGAAACACACCACCAAGCAUAUCGAGGAACACAAGCACCAUUAA